AUGGGCAAAUACCUUUUGGAAAAACUGAAGAUGAAAGAAAACUACUGGCUUGGGAUCUGCAAGACUAAACCAGAGCGUUCCAUCACCAAUUCAGAAGAUUUAAUUACACCUUCUGUUGGAAUACUUGUUGAGGUAACUUCUCUGGCUAUCUUAUUGUUCAUUGUGUUAGCUCAAAGCCUCGUAUCUUUUGCUGAACCAUUUUCUUCUCAUUCUGAAAAUGUACCAAGAGAACUGGCUGAUAAUAUUCUGGAGAAACUGGAGCUUUGUGUAGUGUUUCUGGAAGACCAGUUUGGAGAGGGGCAGGAAACUUUUGUUUAUUUUGUAUGCUACCGAUUAUAUUCUGCAGAAAAACGGAUAUCUGCAUUCUUCAUUGACUUCAUUUGGAGGGGAGAUGAUGAAAGUUGUGAGAAAUAGUCAGCUCUGGUUGAGGAACUGUUUAAGCAUAAAAUCUUGCAUUUGGAAUUGAUUCAUUAUCAAAGUAGCAUUAAAGAAGAACUGACAGCUGGAGAAGCUGAUGAAUGCUGGAAAACGUAUGUGCUAUGUGAACUGUUGAAGAAAUGGGACACCUAUGUCUCCACUUUUAUAUCCAUGGUCUUGGCUGUCCUGAGAGUUUUGAGCUCUGAUCAGCACCUGGUGAAAGAUUUGGACACUCCAUUUCAGCAACACGAUAAUUUGAACGUGGCUUUAGAAAGCUGGUACAACAGAGACUACGCCGUUAUUUUCCCAGGACAGUAUGAGUUUGGAGCCAGAAAACCAGAAGAACCCGUGAUUGUAUCCGAACCCCCUCAUGAGAGCUUUGUGGUAUCAAAACCCCAAGAUACAAACCUCACGCACCUUAGGUCAGCACAGCAGAGAACAGUCAACGGUGUCGUAGCUGCCGAAUCUGGUGUCUGCGUUUACAGGGGCUUCUCUGACCAUCACAGUGAGACUACUGGCGCUCAGCAAUAUGAAAUUAGAUUUAAUCUUUUUGUUAAUGAAAAGGACACUGGUGUUGAGCGGUACCCAAGAAGCAUAGCCAUCUUAGAGAGUAACAAAAUUCAUCAUGGCAGUAGUACCAGAACCACGGAGACCUCACGUCACAGCCAGGGUGACAUUAAUGUUCAGAACGUACCGCAUUAG